AUGAUGUCUCCCACUAGUGCUGCGUGCUGCUCCAUUCCUCCCGUUAUCCCAACGGCAUACCACGCCAAAGGGGAAUUCAGGUCUAUAGAUGGCUUAAAGACAUAUGUCACUGGUCCCCAGUCUGCUACCAAGGCAAUCUUGGUUAUCUACGGUAUGCAAGCACUUCUGGUGAUAUCUUCGGGUUCUUUGAGCAGACAAUCCAAGGCAGUGAUAUCUUAUCGGUUGGAGACAAGCAGAAAUACCGUGUGUUCAUGCCCGACUUUUUUCGAGGACGAACCAGCCGAUAUCGCCUGGUUCCCACCAACAUGCAUUGCGCACGAGCAGAAUCUUGACAAUUUCUUCCGAACGAAGGCCGUUCCAGACAAAGUUUUGUCGAGGUUACCAGGAAUUGUGGCUGCGGCCAAUAAACUGGCCACGAGCGGACAAUUCGACUCUUGGUCUAUCCUGGGAUACUGUUGGGGAGGAAAGAUGGCUUGUCUGGCCUCCGGCCAAGGAAGUCUAUUUAAGGCUGCCAUCCAGUGCCAUCCAGCCAUGCUUGCCGUAGAAGAUGCAAGCUCAGUUACUGUCCCGAUGGCUGUUCUCGCUUCGAAGGACGAGAGCGUGAAGGACGUGGAGUCUUUUUGCAACAAUCUGCGGGUGCCCAAUUAUGUAGAGACUUUCCCCACACAGAUCCACGGUUGGAUGGCUGCCAGGUCAGAUUUGCAGGAUAUUGAAGUUCGCAGGAAGUACGAGCAGGGGUAUAGAACCGUGUUAAAGUUCUGUCGCAAGUAUGCAUAA